CUAUUCUUUUACUUCUCCGUGGAUAACUACAAAACUUAUCGCGGAGCAUUUCUUCCCUUUGAAUUUGUAGGUUUUAAACAGAGUUAAUUUGGUUCACUAAAAUGCUUUCUAUCCUGAGUUAUUUUGGGAUUCUACAAUGAAACCAAUCAGCAAUUGAAUAUUUUUUGCUUUUUUACCGGUGACGUGGAACGUUUAUGUUUGCUGAAGCUUUCGCGCAAAGCAUUUUGUCUUAACCGAGUGGUUUUAAAAUGUAGCUUUUCGUCAAAUGGUACUAAAGUCCGAGUCUCAUAUAACACCAAUUUUGGACCUGCAGACCUCUUCGGGCGGUUCAGUUUGACUUGUAGCAUUUUAUAGUCUAGACGACAUUCAAUUCGACUCUGUAAUUUUGAACAAAUAUUGCAUCAUGCUUCUCGUAUUUAUUUGAACAAAUAAAUUACUGAUAAUACUUAGGACGUGAAAAUGGUAUAAACAUGAUAUGUUUUUCAGCUACAACUGAUAAAAGCUAGACUAACGCUGUUGGUACAUUGAAACUUUAUUUAAAAUGUUUAUGACCAAACAGAAAAUACGCUCAAACCUUUCUUUGAUACCUGGUUUAAUUUGACAUUUCGGUCUUGCAGUUUGAUCAAGUUUCUCUCGUUGACAAUGUGACUCAUUUGAUCAUUUUGAGGCUCGGAUCCAUUGCGUUUAAGAUACCAAGGUUUGACGUCUUCAUGUUAUAACCAGUAAUUUUAUCGUCUCGCAAAAUUACGAGUGCAAGUCGCGUUACAAAUAUCCGAAUACAACUUGACUGAUCGUACCAUUUUAUUUUUUAUAGAGUUAGCUCUUUGGACAGUUGUUUGGUUUACCGAAAAGUCCAAUAUUACUCUCAAAUAGCUUAAAUAAUUCAAAACUAACUCACUAUUUCUGUCAUCAUUAUUCAUUUCUAGUUUGCGUCUAUCAAUGUGAUUAAUAUUUUAUCUUUCGUAACCUCUCGGACAUUUAACGCGUCAUAGGUAACGCCAGAAUAAAUUUCAAGUGUAAAUAAUACGUGUACAAAAUAUCUGAACUUGCUGCUGAACGCUUUGGCCAAACAGUGUGCCAUAACUUGAAGAGAUUGUUGCAAAUCUUAGUCUAGCGAAUCAAUAAUCCUAUUUGAAGAAAAGGAGCGAUAAUAACGCAUGAUGCUAAUGAACAGAGAAGACAAGGAUGAGUUCCAUUGUGUUCCCGUUUUGUUGGAACAGGAGGUCAACGGAGUUCGAAGGGAAGUGCAGCGGGUGUACUGGAGAGUGCGGAAGAGAUACAAGGACUUGAAGAUCAUUUCAAACGCUCAACCCAAUCAAGUUUGUGAGGCGUUCGACGAAGUGUCUGGUCACAAAGUGGCUAUUAAACUGGCCAAGUGUGCCUUUGUGGACGAGAACCACGCGAGGAAGUACUGCCGCGAACUGUUCCUGCUGCCCAGACUCGAUCACCCGAACGUCAUCCGCAUCCUGGAUGCAUUCUCCAAUGUGGAACUGGAUAGUCGGCCCGACUACAUGAACGAACUAUACCUCGUUCUCUCGUUGACCGACUGGGACUUGAAUCAGUACCUGUGCCACCUGCUGACUCAAACAACCAGUCAAUCCAAGCGCAACUCCACCCACCCCAUUCAGACAGAGGAUCAGCUAGAAAGGAAUGCCGUUAAAUCUAUCAUGUUCCAGAUACUCAGUGGACUCAACUAUCUACACUCAAAUGGUCUCAUGCAUAGAGAUUUAAAUCCCUCCAAUGUUGGUCUAACCUUCGACGGACAAGUAUUCCUGCUGGAUUUCGACUUUUCGCGACACGUGAACAACCGAAACAAGGAAGGUCACUCCAUCUUCAUUUCCAAUCAGAACUACAGGGCACCCGAGAUCGUGUUGACUCCUGGUCUCUACGAGAAGAAAGUGGACAUAUGGAGCGCUGGCUGUAUCUUCGCAGAGCUUCUUGCAAUAUACAAUGGUCUCAGAAGCAGCAGACUCAGUGCAAAGCAGUUCCUUCAGCUACCAGAAGGAGCUGGUCCAAUCCAGUAUUUCCAGGAACUGCUCAAACUGGUCGGCCCUCCCCCAGAAUCGUUCUUCGACUGCUGUCUCACAGACGGCAAGGAGAGCUUCAAGAUUUGCAUAAACGAUAUGAUCAGAGAACAUCAACUAGAACCUGAGUUCGACUCCAGGUUCAGCUUUCUCGAUAGCCCAGCCAAAGAACUUCUGAAGAGCCUCGUUGCUUUCGACCCAAAGGAGCGAAUCUCCGCAAACCAGGCCCUCAAACACAAGUAUUUCCAGGAAUUCCAUCUACAAGAAGAAACGAGUGAUGCGAGCAGUCUCUUGUCUUCUAACUCGGCUGUCAAUGAACCUUCGACUAGCCAUAGUGAUGCUAACAACAAUAACAACGAAGACUUGGUAUGUCCAGUUGAUGUAAUGGACAAGCCAACGACUAUGAUGGAGAUUAAGCAUCUGGUUUUUGCGGAGCUGCACAAUUUUCCAACGAGUAGAUAAAACUUCGGUGCAGCUUCUUGGAAGCACUCUUGCAAAUAAUGAGAAGUACUGAUAAUGUAUCGCUGCCCCAGUAAAGAUAAAAACAAUAAACACAUCGUAGGUUAACUAGCUAAAAGGUCAAAUCGCUGUAAAAAAUAAGAAAGAAUUAUUCCGUUUCUUUUUUGAAGAAAAAAUGUAUAUUUUUUUGCUAAAAUUUGUUAACCAAGUGUGGCUGGCUCAGAUAUUAAUUGAUCAUCAUGUUCAUUCUGUUGACUGGUUGACAUUUGAUGCUGAGGGUAUUUAAAUCAUACUGCUGACUCUAGAUUUUAUACUUAGAAAUGAUGACGUCACUAAAUGAGGUCAAAGUGCUUAACUUGGUGUUAUUUACUUAGAAGUAGUUUACUUAGAAGCUGAACUACUUUGGCAUUACCUAUGUUUUUUCUUCAGUUGCAUAUUUGCUUUCCAUAGCCAACAACUGAGCUUAAAACAUUAUUUGUAACUAUGGAGCGAUUUUUUUUUGUUUAUUUUAAAGCCUCGCAAAAUCUCAAAUCGCUCCUGUAGUUGUAAAAAAGCACAAAUUUAGUUUGAUCCUAGCUGAAUGUUUUUCAUAUAAAUAGAUUAAAAUGUGGUAUUAUAAGGCAUUAGAUAGUUCGAAGUUGAGAUUUUGAAUGUGCUAACGUUCAACUGAUGAUAUAUGGUUGACAUUCAAAGUUCAUCUUGAUGUUCAUAACAACCCUUGAUUAUAAAGCAUUAAAAUUUAAUUCAGUUUUAACUAUAGAAGGUUCCUCGAUACUUAUUGCUGUCCUAGCCCUCUCUUAUCAGUUUUG